AUGGGGUUGGAGAAUCGUAUAAAUAAGCUCCAACAAGCAGCCAAAGUAUUCUUACUCCAGAUCAUUGAAGAUGGCUCACACGUCGGAAUAGUUAGUUUUCAUUCUGCUGCAUUUACUGACUCAAAGCUGAAAUUAAUUGAUGGUGAUGAUGCCAGGAAUGAACUUGUACAACUGCUGCCCGCAACAGCCAGUGGGGGAAGAAAUAUCUGCAUAGGAGUUAGGUCUGGAUUUGCGGUACUUCGUGCAGAUGAUGGUUCUACAAGUGGCGAUGAAAUCAUAUUGGUGGUUCUUGGUGAGGACAAUGGAAUAAACGGUUGCUUUGCAGAGGUGGAGCAAAGUGGAGCCAUAAUCCACACCAUAGCAAUAGGGCAAAAUGCGACUGAAGAACUAGAGCAGCUCUCCAUUAUGACAGGAGGUUUACAGUUUGCAGCAGCUGAUAAUUUGGAUUCGAGUGGAUUAAUUGAUGCAUUCAGUGCAUUGGUCGCAACAAACGGUGACAUUAAUCAUCAGCCAAUCCAGCUUGAAAGUUCAGGAACAAGGAUCGACAACGGCACAUGGAUGAAUGGCACGGUUGUUUUUGAUAAGACUAUUGGAAAUGACACCAUGUUUGUGGUUACUUGGGAUGCUCAGACUCCUAUUGUGAUUGUACGUAAUCCCAGUGGAAAAACAUACAACCUCGAUGACUUUAGGAUAAAUCAAACAGAACACACAGCCCAUCUUAAGAUUCAAGGCACUGCACAGACUGGAAAUUGGAUCUACAACAUCCUGAAUCAUGGAAUCGAACAGUUUGUAACAACCUCUGUUACAUCACGAGCAGCAAACGCAGAAAUUCCCCCAGUGAAUGUCAAUGCAUACAUGAGCAAAAAAGACACCAUGAGCCCAAUCAUUAUCUACGUGGAGGUUACUCAUGGAUUUCUACCAGUCCUGCAUGCCAAUGUGACAGCUAUUAUCGAACGUCCCAGUGGUCCUCCGAUUCAACAGAAGCUUUAUGAUGAUGGCUUAGGAUCAGCCAUUGCCAAGGAAGCAGAGAAGGUUCCAGUGUCAUUCCCAGGUUCCAUGUCUAGCUGA